AUGGAGGCCUCCUUAUCUCUGCUGCUGCUGCUGGCCCCAGGGGUCCUUUGGGCAGGAAGUGUCGCAUUUAAGACCCACAUCAUCGGUGGUCAUGAGGCUGCCCCCCACUCCCGGCCAUACAUGGUCUCGCUGCAGAAAGCCGGCACCCACUUCUGUGGGGGAGUCCUCGUACACCCGCGGUGGGUGUUGACAGCUGCCCACUGCGUGGUUCAGCCGACCCAACAGCUGAGGCUGGUGCUGGGGCUCCACAAGCUCAGAGACUCUGGCCUCACCUUCCGAGUCAAGGCAGCAGUCCUGCACCCCAAGUACAAGCCGGCCCCCAAACUGGAAAACGACCUCGCGCUGCUUCAGCUGGACGCUAAGGUGCGUCACAGCAGGACUGUUCGGCCCCUGGGCUUGCCCCGAGGGCGCCAGGCAGUGGCAACAGGAGCAAGGUGCAGUGUGGCAGGCUGGGGGCUGACCCAACAGAGCGGGCAGCUGGCGGGAGCGCUGCAGGAGUUGGACAUGCAUGUGCUGGAUGCCAGGAUGUGCAACAACAGCCGCUUCUGGAAAGGCAGCAUCACCCACAACCUGAUCUGCCUGGAAGCCAAACCCAAGGAUCAGGGCCCCUGCAAGGGGGACUCAGGCGGGCCCCUGGUGUGCAGCAAAGGCCGGGUGGCUGGAAUCCUGUCCUUCAGCUCCAAAGCCUGCACUGACAUCUUCAAGCCCCCCGUGGCCACCGCCGUGGCCCCCUACAUGUCCUGGAUCAGGAAGAUCAUCGGCCGCUGGUCGGGCCCCCCACAGGCCUGAUGCUCCACGGGUGACCCUGGCUCCUUCCUUUGCAGGACCCUCCCUUGCAGGAUUAUGGGGAGGGGCAGAGAGGGGACCGGACACAGCUCAGAGAACCAAUAAAUUGUA